AUGUCGGUCAAUGGUGAUGGCGAGGAUAUGGACCUAGAUGAGGUGCCACUUGGAUCAGGUACACAAGCCCCCGUGAUUGAUGUUGCUGCCCGUGAGCGAGAGUUUGACGAAACAUACCCCAAUCGGCCGCGCAACAAGAAGAAGACCCUGCCGUUUCAUACACUUCUGGACGAUCUCUUCGAUCCGUUGAAGAAGAACCAAAAUCCUCAAACUGGUCAACGAGCCCGAAAGCAGAUCGGUCCCGAUCAUGGCCCAGCACCGGGCAGUCACGGCAAGCGGCGCGCCAUAAUCGAAAGUUACAUCUCGAGAUGGCGACAGCAGGUGGGUCCAGAUUUCUUUCCUGUAAUGCGAAUCAUCAUACCCGACAAGGACCGCGACCGAGGUGUGUACGGUCUAAAGGAGAAAGCCCUCGCCAGGUACCUCAUCAAGAUUAUGAAGAUUGACAAGAACUCGGAGGAUGGCUUUGGACUCACCAACUGGAAGGUCCCAGGGAUAGGUUCGUCAUCAUCAGGCGAUUUUGCCACUCGCUGUCAGGAAGUACUUCAAAAGCGUCCUUUCAGGACAGAAUAUGGAAGCAUGACGAUUCAGGAGGUGAAUGAUCAACUCGAUAAGCUUUCGGCAGCUCAGAAAGAAGAGACACAGCUUCCCAUAAUUGCCGACUUCUACCGACGGAUGAACGCUGCUGAGAUGACUUGGCUCAUCAGACUUGUGCUUCGGCAGAUGAAGAUCGGAGCUACAGAGAAGACCAUCAUGGACGUAUUUCAUCCGGAUGCAGAAAUGCUUUUCAAUGUCUCCAGCAGCCUGCGUCGAGUAUGCUGGGAUCUAUACAAUCAGAAUAUCCGUCUCGAGCGCGAGAACACUGGAGUAACGCUCAUGCAGUGUUUUCAGCCACAGUUGGCAUACUACGAUGGCAACAACUUCCCAAAACUGGUAGAGUAUCUCCAUCGCUACUCCACCGACGACGAUAAAGCCUUCUGGAUCGAGGAGAAGCUAGAUGGAGAACGGAUACAAAUGCAUAUGCAGCGGGAUCCUGGACAACCAGGUGGCUAUGCCUUCAAGUUCUAUUCACGAAAAGGCAAAGAUUACACAUACUUGUAUGGCGAGUCCUUAGAAGACAAGGAAUCGUCGCUGACCCAGCACUUGAAGAAGGCAUUUCGUGACGACGUUUCUAAUCUGGUUCUCGACGGUGAAAUGGUUACUUGGGAUCCCGAGUUCGAUCGGCCUGCCGCCUUUGGAACGCUGAAGACCGCAGCCCUGGCCGAGAAGAGCAACCCUUUUGGAGGCAAGCUUCGGCCACUGUAUCGUGUAUUCGAUAUCUUAGUGCUCAACGACCACUUGCUCACGCAAUAUGAGCUGCGGGAGAGACGAAAAGCCCUCGAAAAGACCGUCACAAACCCAGUAUAUCGAAGAUUUGAGCUGCACGAGCACAUUGUGGCUUCAGCACCUGAUGAGAUCAAGGCUCGCCUUCGUCACGUCAUCGAGACAGGCGCUGAAGGUCUUGUGUUGAAGAAUCCUCGAACCUCAUAUUCUCUCGGCGCACGUCUCAAAGACUGGUUGAAAGUCAAGCCGGAGUACAUGGAGAACUAUGGCGAAUCGAUAGAUUGCCUCAUCAUAGCAGGCUACUAUGGCUCCGGCAAGCGUGGAGGGACUUUGUCGUCCUUCCUGUGUGGUCUACGUGCGGACAAACAUUCCAAGAGAUUCAUUUCGUUCUUCAAAGUCGGAGGUGGCUUCGCAGCUGGUGACUAUGCUACUGUUCAGCAUAAAACCGACGGCAAGUGGCAGGAAUACGAUGUGAAGAAGCCACCCAAAGACUACAUCACUCUCGCCGGUCCAGCUCAUGCUCCGAGGGAGAAACCAGACGUUUGGAUCAAGCCGGAGGACAGCCUCGUUGUCGAAUGCAAAGCUGAGAGUUUCAGAACGUCUGACGAAUUUGCGACAGGCAUUACUCUUCGCUUCCCACGGUUCAAGAAGUUUAGGGACGACCGCAGUUGGACGGACAGUCUAACUUUUGAUGAGUUCCGGAACCUCAAGUCUCGGCUUGAGGAGAAAGAGAAAGAGCAAGAGGAGAAGAAGGAACAGUUCAAGGCCGAGAAGUCUCGAGCAAAGCGGCGUGCCCUCACCAACCGAAAGAAGCCUCUCAAGGUCGUUGGGUAUGGACUAUCAUCCCAAAGUGGUGAAGUUAAAUCAGACCCUGAAGCACGUGUGUCCAACGUCUUCCACGGUCUCACGUUCUUCGUUAUGACAGAGUCCCUGCCACCCACGAAGAAGACUAAGCCAGAGCUCGAGGCUAUGAUCAAGAGCCAUGGCGGCAAAAUUGUCCAGACAGCCCAUCUUGCUCCGCCUAAGGCUACCUCAUUCACCAAGAAAGACGAGGACGGCGAGGCUUUUGCUCAGCCCGAGCCUGAGAAAGUCAUCUGCAUUGCGGAGCGCAACCCUAUCAAGGUGGCGUCACUGAUCAAAGCGAAUGAUACACUCAUCGUGAAGCCGGCAUGGAUCUUCGACUGCAUCGCUCAAGCGAAGAGGGAUUUUGCACAUGGAUUAGAAGAGUUCCCACUUCUCUUCGAGCCUGACAGACACCUGUUCUUUACACCGGACGAGCUGAAGGGCACUUUCGAUGAAAAUGUUGAUAAGUAUGGCGAUGCCUUCUACCGCGAGACCACAGUGGAAGAGCUUGAACAGCUUUUCAACAAGAUGGAUGAUGUGGCCAACAAGAGCUCCUCUGCACCAAAGACAAGCGCCAAAGCCCACAACUCACUCGCGGAUGCUGCUGACGGCCUCAUUGCACAGCAAAGCGAGUCAAGCGGCACGGAGAUGAAGGGCUGGAUGUUCAGAAGACAGACUCUGUACUUCGACAAUGCCACCACGACCGAUACGUCCGACAUCAACAUGACCCUCGCCUGCAACACCGCCCUCUUCGCAGGCGCAACCCUCGCAACUUCAAUCGACGAUCGAAACAGCACCCAGAUCAUCGCUUCGCCAUCAAGCAAUCUACGAAACAUCAGGAAGCAGCUUGCAAAGCGGGGUAGUCAGAGCAAGAUCCCUCGCGUGGUCACACCGCAGUGGAUCCUUGAGAGCUGGGAGGCGGGUACGCUGCUAACUGACGAGCGCUUUGAGGCGCGGUAG